AUGGACUGGCAGAAACCAGUCAACCAGCAGUUGGUGGAGAUGGCUCUCAGGAGAGCAUCAGCAACAGGUCUCCAAAGAAUCUCAAGACUCGGUUUAAAGAAAAACUGUUGGGCGGCGGUGGCGCUAAGGAUCCGGACAGCCGUUACAUCCUUGCUGAGCCCCUCUCCAGCUACAGCUCUUGCUGUCAGGUAUGCUUCCAAGAAGACGGGUGGUAGCUCCAAAAACCUCGGUGGAAAGUCAUCAGGCAGACGCCUAGGCAUUAAGAAAAUGGAAGGACACUAUGUUCAUGCUGGGAACAUCCUUGGAACACAGCGCCAUUUCCGCCGGCACCCAGGUGCCCAUGUGGGUCUUGGGAAGAAUAAAUGUCUAUAUGCCCUGGAAGAGGGGAUAGUCCACUACACUAAGGAUGUCUACGUGCCUCAUCCCAGAAAUAUGGAGGCUGUGGAUCUCAUCACCAGGCUGCCCAAGGGUGCUGUGCUCUACAAGACUUUUGUCCACGUGGUUCCUACCAAACCCGAGGGCGCCUUCAAACUGGUAGCUAUGCUCUGAAGUCCUGUGAGGUCAUUGGACAGAGACUGGAACCCAGGUGACAGGAGAUGGUGAUACCAGAAGUCAAAGAUUGGGGCAAUGACACAGCCUCCUGAGGAAGGUGUCUGCUUGAUGGUGACUCUGCGGGAGACUCUGAAGUGACGCUGGGAAACCCUUUGGGAGACUUGACUGGGGGCCAAAAAUAAAGUGAACCAGAGUCAAAAAAAAAAAAAAAGAAGAAAAACUGUUGGGUUGGAGAGUGAAUCUGACUUGAGUAACUUGCUUCUAAGACCUUAUUUCCAAAAUAAAGUUUGUUUUGUUUUGUAUUUAA